AUGGAUAAGAAAGUGUGUGGAACACUCAUUUCUAUAAGUAACUCGAUUUACAAAAAUCCGAACGAAAAAGGAGACUAUCAAAUUAUUAUUAAUGGAAACAUUUUAAAUAAUUAUUGUUCUAGUAACAAAUGUAGUGAUAAUCUUGCAAAAAUUAAUGCUGGAUGUUUAUAUUUGCUUGAUGCAUUCUUUAAGGAUUCUUCUGUGUUUAAGUCUGAUGCAAAAAGUAACAUCGAUAUUGUUGAAUACAUUAUCAUAUGGUUAAGUUAUAUUUUAAACCUAAAGAAAAGUGAAGGAAAUAAGACUAAUCUACAAUAUUUUUAUGACACAUAUAUAAAUAAUAAUAUGUAUAAAAAUACUAUAACUGAUAUUAAGGAGUAUAAUAGUUAUAAGGAUCUUAUAGAUAAAAAAAAAGAUUUGAUAAAUAUGGAUAUGAGCAUUAUAUCUGAGUUAUAUAAUGCAUUUUAUAAAUUAUGUAUGAUGCAUCUUGAAAUGGAUGAUAAAAGUCCAGAUUGCAAUAAACAUUUGGGAAAAGCUAAAGAAUUUGUUGAAAAAUAUAAAAAAAUUAAGAAAAAUCCUAGUGUUACUGAAGGUAGUCCAUAUUAUAAAUUAUUGUCUACACUAUCAAAGGAUUAUGAUAAUUUAAAAAAUAAAUGUGAUAGUUUUCCAGCCCUUUCAUCGAUAGAAAAAGCAGAAAAAUUUAUACAUAGUUCUGGACAUAUUUCUGAAGAUGCAUCAUCAAAUUCGUCAAUAGUAAACAAAUUAUUUAUAGUUUUAUCAAUAUUUGGUGCAAUAGCAUUUUUUUUGGGAAUUUCUUAUAAGUAUUCGUUAUUUGGAUUUCGGAAACGAUUUCAAAAACAAAAAUUAAGAGAAAAGCUAAAAAAUAUAAAGAAGAGAAUGAAUCAAUAA